GGUCUGUCCCUCCAUCCAUUCUUGGGCUGAACUGGAGAGCUGCAGGGGUGGAAGAUGAGGCUUUGCUGUGGCCGUUCCAGUAGAACUGAGAGACCGAGAGACUGGGAGGAGAUGGUUUCCCCGGUGGGAGGAUAUUGAGAAGGUUUUCAAUCGGUGGGUGGGAAAGCCAGAUUUGGGGGGCUCUGCAGAUAGGUUUCGGGGAGAGGGAUAAUUGAGUUGAAAGAUCCCUUUUCACGUUUUGGGGGAAGAAUCCCUAGUGAUUUCAGCCAGAGGAGCGGAAGAUCAGGGGGUUCGCCUGGUCUGGUCUCUCAGUGGACAAAGCAGCGUGCGAUGUACCGAGGACGGUUUCACAAGAGUUGGGGCCCCGGAGUUGAAGAGGCAGGCUAGAGGAGAGCGGUGGAGACCUGCAGGCUGUGUGGAAAGAUGCCCCUGGGUGGAGGAUGCUAGUCUCCGAAGUCGCAAAUAAUUACGAGUGUCAAGAGGCUUCUUUCCACAGACGAACUUAUACCUCGGAUAUGUAUUGUGGGUGGUGGUCCUGCUGGAUUUUACACAGCCCAGCAUCUCCUCAAGCACCACAGAAUGGCCCGGGUGGAUGUUUAUGAGAAAUUGCCAGCUCCCUUUGGACUUGUUCGUUUUGGAGUAGCUCCAGACCAUCCAGAGGUCAAGAAUGUGAUCAACACGUUCACUCAGACGGCACGCUCUGAUCGCUGUUCCUAUUACGGGAAUGUGACUGUGGGGAAGGAUAUCUCUGUGAAGGAACUGCAGAAGGCUUAUCAUGCGGUGAUCUUGAGCUAUGGGGCUGAGGACAAUCGGACCCUUGGAAUUCCAGGGGAGGAUCUCGCAGGAGUUUAUACAGCCAGAGCAUUUGUGGGUUGGUACAACGGCCUACCUGAAAAUAGAGAUCUGAAGCCAGACCUGAGCAGUGAGACAGCGGUGGUCCUCGGACAUGGGAACGUAGCCCUGGAUGUUGCAAGAAUUCUCUUAUCGCCUCUUCAGAUUCUUAGGAAAACUGACAUCACUGAAGAGUCGCUGGCAAUUCUGGCCCGCAGCAAAGUGAAGCGGGUGUGCCUUGUAGGGAGGAGAGGUCCUCUCCAGGUAGCUUUCACCAUAAAGGAGCUGCGGGAGAUGAUCAACCUUCCUAGUGCCAGGCCUUUCCUAGAUCCUGCGGACUUCAAAGGCCUUGGAGCUGCUGGCAAGGAUGUUCCCAGACCUAGGAGACGGCUGACUGAGCUGAUGACCAAAACAGCCUUGGAGGAACCUGGAGAGGAGCUUGCUGGCCAUUGGGCUUCAGCAUCUAGAGAGUGGAGCCUGAAGUUCUUGCGCAGCCCGCUGGAAGUGUUGCCUGCCACUGACGGCAAACGUGCCAGAGGUAUCCGAAUGGCUGUCACCAGGUUGGAAGGUUCAGGAGAAACGGCCAAAGCAGUUCCCACUGGAGAAGUUGAGGACCUGCUGUGUGGGCUGAUCCUCAGCAGCAUUGGUUACAGGAGCCUCCCAAUUGACCCGUCCGUACCCUUUGACUCCAAGCAAGGAAUUAUUCCAAACAAUUUGGGCAGAGUCCUUGGUGCCCCAGGUCUCUACUGCAGUGGCUGGGUCAAGCGGGGGCCAGUAGGUGUCAUCCUCACUACUAUGAAUGACAGCUUUAACACUGCCCAGUCUGUGCUAGAGGACCUGGAGUCUCGUGCACUGGAUGUUUCAAAGACCAAGGAAGGCUUUGAGUUGGUGAGAGGCAUACUUCAGGCUCAAGGGAUCCGUCCCGUUUCCUUUUCGGAUUGGGAGAAGAUCGAUGCUGUUGAAGUGGCAAGAGGCAAGCUGGCUGGAAAGCCUCGAGAGAAGAUAGUGGAUCCACGGGAAAUGCUUGAAUUGAUUGGUCACUGAGCUGAGCACUUGUGCUGUGAGAACUGGCCACAUUCCUGCUAUGGCCCAGUCUCUCUAAAAAUGUUGUCUCUGCAGAAGGCUGCAUUACUCUUCAGCCUACGGAUGUUCUGGAGACCUAGAGACUGAGUUGGUUCUGGAUUUCUGAAGUGUGUGAAUUGGUUAAAAGCUUGUUGCCCCUUAUAGGCAGCAAUGCUCAUUCACAGCCUUGGCCAUCUUCGUGCUCUUUUGACCAUGAAAGUUACUCCUGAGUGGAUACUAGCUGGAUCCUGCAGUUCUAGACAAGCAGUACCUUGCUCCUCCCUCUUCCUCAAUCGUUUUAAUGAUUCACAGUCCCCUUUUCUGAGACACACAACAUACAUAAAAGUUUAAUUUUAGGGGUAGGUAAACAGUGCCUUAAUAAUAAUAAUUUUCCCUGUUUUAUAUAGUUAUUUAGCGUGGCUCUAGUUUUUUUAUAUUAGAUUUAUAUGAACUAUUUGUAAAAAGCAAAACUGGGCCUCAACUCUUUCUUGAGGAAGUUUUCACUGCUGCUUGUUCUGAGAGAACUUCAACUUCCAUGGCAGAGCAUUCCAUUUUUAACCUGCUUCAAACAUGCUGGACGUGACAGGAAAGCCAAACAUAAGGAAAUUCAGAGAGGAACUAAACAGGGAUUCAUAAUCACGGGGAUGUGCCAGACAGCAAGAAGAGUAUUGCUGGGCUGAAACUUGAUUUCUUCACCUCCCUGAUCCCUGUAACUUUGAUGUCAUAUUGCACUGGAAGACAUUUGUAUAAUCUUCUGAAAAUAAAGCUCUUCCUCAAAUAGAAGGUUA